AGCUCAUCUAUCUGGCUCUCGUUCACGACACUUCUGGUCCUGGAUUAUAUUCGAUCCACUCUGUGCGACGUCGACUAAGGUGUUGAUACUCGGCGCACACUGGCAGCUACCUGUUCGCCCACUACGUGAAAUGCCCGGUCGUGUGCGCCACUAGUUAUUCACUACACAAGCUGCUGAGCCUCUUGGACUCACUGGACUCAUCUCCUCGUCUGCAGCAUAUGAAGCGACAACCUAGGGCUUCUCGGCUUGCUUUGCAUAUCAUCGAUCGCCACAGCCAGUCGAUCAAGGCAUCUACAUAGAGGACCUGUGAAAGCCGCGAUAGCACUGGACCGCUCUGCACGGUCACCUUCUACUAGUUCUACACGCAUUGAACAGAACAAUUCGUUAGGCGUUCAACAUCUGCACCUCCAGAGUUAGAGUAUAGCACACAUGAGUCUCAGGCGUUAUACAAAGGGCGUAGACGGGACGAUACCCGUCCAAGCCUUGCUGUACGAGGAUGAGGAACUGCUAGCCACUCAGGAAGGCAUAGGCAUAUAUGAUGGCACCGAGAAAUCAGCCCCUCACCAAUCUGGCACAGCGUUCGCUACCACCCAUCGCCUGUUCUACAUCGAUGCGUCGCACCCCGAGACCCGCUCGUUCGAGAUGGAUCUCGCGCAUGUUGCCCGGACGGAGUACUACGCAGGUCUCUUCACGAGCUCGUCCAAAGUAACGCUAUACCUGCACCCGAUCGAGACUCCCGCUUCGCCGGUCGAUGGACCGUCAAGGAGCCUGGCGGCGCCCGAAGACCCCGCUUUCCUGUCGUGGACAUGCGAUGUAUGCAACUACCGCAACCCACCAGGUCUCAGCCCUGCUGCAUCCCGUAUAUGUGCUCUCUGUGGCGUCCCACGCUCAGCCACGACAUCCUCUGACGGUGGUGAACCCUCUGCGUCCGCCGCGACUCUCUCCUCCUCCCUACCCUCCUCCUCCGUCCACCUCGCACGCGUGCCCACCUCUUCUUCGUCCUCACCCAGACCCGCGACACCCCGAGGUCCCAAUGACGAGAUAUCAUGCACUAUAUGCACCUUUCUGAAUCACCCCGCACUGACAAUGUGCGAGAUGUGCGGCACGCCGCUGCCCAAGCGGGUAGCCCCGCCCCGUGCGUCUCAGACGGUCCAUGCGAAGUCAGCUCCUGCAUCGCGCCCGACCUCGCCGCUCCCGGACAAGGAUGGCCCAGAUCCGAGGAUGAUCAGGCUGAGCUUCCGUAGGGGAGGCGACAAGACGUUCUAUGCUGUACUUCGCCGGAGCCUGCUUGGUAAGGGAUGGGAGCAGAGCAGCGCGACCUCGCAUGCACGCAACAACACACUUCCAUCUCUAGAUGGCAUCCUGCGCAACGUCGAGACGACCGCGGCGAGCUCGCAGACCGAUAUGGAAGAUGCACUCCAGGACUUCGAGGCGCUCACGGUCAAGUGGCGGGAGAUGGUCAAGCUCGCGCAAGACCUCAACGAGCGGCUCACCGCCGCGUCCUCGACCUCUACUGCCACCGCCGCCGCCCUGCCAUCAUUCCCUUCCCCCGCAGGCGCAUCACCCACGCCCGCCAACGCGGAGGUGCUCACGACGCAGGCCGUCGAGCCGGAGGAGGCGACCUUCAUCCGGUCCUCGCUCGCGCAGCUCGGGCUGCAGAUGGCGAACGCGCCCGUGACGCUCGACAUGAUCCGCGACGAGCGGCGGUGGAUCGAGGAGCUUGCGCGGGAGCUCGCGGGGGUCCUGCAGGGCGGCGGCGGGAAGGAGAAGCGCGAGGGCAUCAUGCGCCAGCGCGGGGUGGUGGGGCUCGACGAAGUAUGGGGAGGGUGGAAUCGCGCGAGAGGCGUCGCCCUCAUCCCUCCGUCGACCUUCCUCCAGGUCAUCCCGCAGCUCCCUCCGUAUACCGACCCUCCGAUACACACGCGGACCUUCCCUGCAUCUGGGCUCUCAGUUCUGCAUACGCCACCAUACACCAAGGCAGCGUUUGCUGCGCGCCUCGUUGGGCUCCUUUCUCUCGCCGGCCCUCAGACUGUCGUCGAAGUCGCACGAGAAGAGGCCCUCCCCAUCGGCCUCACCCAAGAAAUGGUCAAUGAAGUCGAAGAGGAGGGGGAGGUAUGUCGAGACGAGGGCGGCGCAGGUUUGGAUGUCACGUCCGGACUCUCAGGGAGCGGUUGGGCGAGUUCAGGUGGCGGAGAAGUGAGGCUCUGGGUGAACGUAUUCCGAGGAUACGUCUGGGACGGACAGAUCGCAUGAUUGAGCACAGACUAUUAGACACUGGCAGGCUUGUGGCAGGCCGCUCGACGUUCGAUGUAUUAAGAAGAGAUGUAUUGAAGGACGAUCCAUUGUAUUGUAGCUAAUC